GAGGCCUCCCACAGCAGCGGAUCCUUCCUUUUCAUCUGUUCGUGCACCCUUCGGGUCAGACCGCAAUGAGUGGACUGAGGUCUCCUGGGCUGCUGGGGCUGGUGCUCUUAAUGCUCUCAGCAGGAUAUUGCAAAGAGAAAACUGACUCUGCAGAUUUGAAAGACAGGGAAAGUCUCUUAAAUCUGAUCAUGGAGAUCAUUCAGGAACUGAAAAGGUACCACCUGGAGAAGGACAGUGGGGUGCAGUACUUCUCCAAGCACGACUAUAACUUAGAUCGAAGGGAAGUGGCCGACUACGGAGGAUACCAGGACGAGCAGAGAGUUGAAAUAGUUCCCAGAGAUCUGAGGAUGAAAGACAAGUUCUUAAAGCAUUUAACAGGUCCACUCUACUUUAGCCCAAAAUGUAGUAAACACUUUCAUCGGCUUUAUCACAAUACAAGGGACUGCACCAUCCCAGCAUACUAUAAAAGAUGUGCCAGGCUUCUUACUCGGUUGGCAGUAAGCCCAAUGUGCAUGGAAGGAUAAAGAUGUUAUUACCAUGAAAAGAAACACCAAGAACCAAGAGAAGUGCCUUGGAAACCAACAGGGAAAUAGAACUUAUUACCUUUAUAACAUAUUCCAUUGUGAACAAGAGAUUUAUUUUUGCAGAUUGACAGACUUCCCAUAAUUAACAUGUGUUUUGUAUGUCGUCAACAGUUUGCAGACUGACAUUCUUUACAGUAGCAUAACUGCCAGUAGUACUUAAUGCUCCAUACUUAAAAACACACUUUACAACUGAUGUGUAAUGCUGCCAAAAAUUAUGUAAACACAAAUAUUUCACCAAGAAAACUGAUGUUCUAUUGCUUAAUUCUACAAUUUUAAGGAAUGUUUGUAUAUCUAGAACUACUAAAGAUCUGCUCCACAGUAGUUGUGGUCACUUGAUAUCCUUCAUGCUUAUGCAAUUUUUUAAAAGUUUGGUUAAAACAGACUUGCAUUGGGGUCACAUUGUACCCUAGGAGUACAAAUUGCAUGACAAACAGGAACGUAAUUCCAAGUAGACAUAUUUUUUGGGACAGUGGAGCAUGGAUUUUGUACACAAACACAAGCUGCCAUUAAUUUACUUUAUAUAAUAAAUGUAUAAAACAUUCCAGCGAACGUGCAAUAUGUAAAUACUGUAAAUAACAAGCAUAAGUAAUAAAGUGUU